CCAAGCUGCCACUGGUGUAAUGACGGAUUAUUAGCUGAUUGAACUACGAGGUGAACGAAUUGAAUUGUGCUGAAAGCCACUUCCUAUUCCAGGUAUUCAAGACUAGAAGGAGCAUUCUGAUAAGAACACUGCAGACCAGUGAAUGAUGAAUAGGAGGCCCAACCUGAAUGGGUCUGGAGGACCAAGGUCCAUCGGUGUUCCACUACUCUGUCCUUCUAACAGAGUGCUGCUGGAGAGAGAAGAGGUCAGCCAGGACCCAGUGAUGGCCUCCUCUUUCAGGCCCUCAGCGUUCCCCUCCCUGCAUGUUGUGCCUCGGCCUCCCCCUCCUGACGACGUCUGGUCCAAGAGGCCCACAGCUGCCCACAGAAAGAGGAGAGACCUCCAGUCCCUAGUUCCUGUCCAGGAUGGAUGUCGUGAGUCUCCCGGUUGGAUUAACAGCAGCAGCUCCCAGCUGCCUGCCAAAACCAACAGACGCAGGCGCAACAAGGAGCUCUCCUUCACUGAGGUUCUGAAGAACUACAAGCUUCUACCUGAUUCCCGGCCCAGCAGCCCAGAGAGCCUGCACCAGCAUGAGAUGAUGAUUCCUAGAAUCCCUGUCAGCAUCACUAGACCUGAGGGGAGGCCUAGCAACCCUCGACGCCCCACAAGACGGCCUGUUAGACCAGUUGUCCUGGUCCAGCCUGACGCACAGCCUUCCAGACCUGAGGGGAGGCCAAGGAGGCCAAGCAACUCUCGACGCCCCACUAGACGGCCUGUUAGACCAGUUGUCCUGGUCCAGCCUGACGUACAGCCUUCCAGACCUGAGGGGAGGCCAAGCAACCCUCGGCCCCCCAAUAGACGGCCUGUUAGCCCCGUUGGCCUGGUCCAGUCUUAUGUACAGCCUUCCAGACCUGAGGGGAGGCCGAGCAACCCUCGGAGCACCACUAGGAGAAAAGUGAGGCCCAGUAAUCCUGUUUGUCCCGUUAUUCUUGAGUCCCGACCUCCCAGUCCUGUGAGCAUCACUACCAGCAUUGUGGACCUAGUCCAGUUUGAGUCCUGUCCUGCUGUGAGUCUGGUCCAGCCUGAGUCACGUCCUGCCUGCCCUCUGACCCUGGAGGAGCUGGCCCUUUCAGAGUCAUGCAGCUUCAGCAACAAUGUGUUUGUUCUCUCCAUGCCGAAAGCUGCCCAGCCAGAGGAGGCUGCAAGAGGGAGCAGCAGCGCACCCAGGGACAUCAUCAGGCCUGAAGCCUUCGUCCAGACAGGACCCCUGCUGGCCAGGAGAGCCCAGAGGGAUGCUCCUCCUCCAAAGAAGCUCCCCAAACCCCCUGUGGCACCCCGGCCCAAACUGCUGCCCUCCCUGGGCCAGGGCAACGUGUCCCUUGUCAGUGCCAACGCCUGGGAUGAAAGGACCAAGAAGAAGAGAAAGAAAGGAGUCAGAGUCCAGAGGUCUAGCCUGGGCCUGAGACAUAUCCCCCGUGACCUAGAGCUGGCCAUGAUGAGGCCCCGUCUGGUCAAGUCGGCCGAUCCCUCCCAGCGUCCCUACCAGCCGUGGGACGACGAGGACGAGGUGGACAUCUACGCCCUGAGGCGCACAGCCUUCAUGUGCCCCAUGUACGACCAGGAGGAGAGCAGCGGCAGGGGCAACAAGAGGGUGGCAGUGGAGGCCCUGGACAACAUUCCUUUCAGAAGGAAGAUCACCUUGUGUUAUUUCAUGGGGGCGCAGGGUCAUGCUGCCAAAAGACUACUAACCCCACCCCCCUCAAUUUACACAACACCCCCUUAGUCCCAGACAGAGAAGAACAGGACACACACAGAGAGACAGAGUGGACACCAACAGGGCCAUCAGAGGGACAGAGAUCCUCUCAGUUGAUGUUAGGAAUGUCAGCUACGAAAAGCUUCAAUAGACCAUCUCUGUAGCAAGAGAACCUCCAGUAAUCAGACUGGGCUGUCCUCUGUCUCCCCUCAUCUCUGAUACAUCAGACUGGGCUGUCCUCUGUCUCCCCUCAUCUCUGAU